AUGGCCGGUGGAAUCCACCCUCCGCCAGAAGUGAUUGCGGAAUGGGCCGCCAAAGCCAACUAUGUUAAUCCAGAAACACGAGGCGGAGGUAUCGUCGCGAUGGAAAUUGUACUACUCAUCGCUUGUUUCCUUGUAGUAGCUCUUAGAAUAUACACCAGGAUUUUCCAAUCAAGGACAUACGGCUGGGAUGAUACCGUGAUUAUUUUCAAUCUGAUUCCCUUAACCGGUAUGGCUGUGUCACUGUGUCUUGCCCUUUCAAAAUAUGGAUGGAAUAGGCAUGCAUGGGACAUUCCAUUGGACAUGCUAUAUUCUGCUAGAAAAGUAGGAUUUUGCGUUCAGAUCUUCUACCUAUUAUCGACGGUAGCGACGAAGAUCUCCAUUCUACUCUUCUACCGUCGCCUUACAUCUCGGGUUUCUACCGCGUAUCUGUGGGUAAUCUAUGGGUCCAUUGCAUUCGUUGCAAGCUUCGCAAUGGCUGGGGUGAUCACUAUGUUUGUUGGCUGUCGACCGUUGAGCGCUUACUGGCUGCAAGUAAAUCCUCUCUGGUUUUCUGCGAACCAGGGCAAGUUCUUUUGCUACAAUGAAGGAGUUUACAUUGUGAUCGCUGCUUCGAUCAGCAUGGUUACAGACUUUGUAGUUUGCGUGCUGCCUUUGUGUCUCUUUCUCAAAAUACAAAUACACUGGAAGCAGAAGCUUGCACUUACAGCAAUCUUUGGCGUAGGCUUCUUCCUCUGCAUAUGCGGAAUUUUACGGAUGGUCAAGAUAGUACGUACUUACUACGGGACCUUCGACAUCACAUGGUCUUCUGAGCCUGUCUGGGUAUGGACAGGAAUCGAAGCACACAUGGCCGUUGUGCUCGCAUCUCUUCCGGCACUGAACCAUUUCGUUCGAAAAUCUUGGAACGACAGCUCACUUUCUAGCCGUCUCCGAUACUUCACAGAUCGUCAUGGCAGUCGUUUCAGUAGUGGCUAUAAAAGGACGCAAUCAAAGUCUAACAGCGAGUGGGAUGGCAACACUCAGCGGGAAUUAGCCAACGACAAACAAGGUAUUCAUGUGGUUCAAGAGGUGCAUCUCGAAGAGUUUUUGCGAGACAAGUCGUAUGAUGACAGAUCAGGAGGAAGGAAUGGCGUAAACAUUGAUGAAGAAGCCAUGAAGAAGGAUAGAAGAGCUUGGCUGGAUGAGACGACAUCUGAUGAUGAUUCGAUUCGACGUCAUAGACUCAAAUAA